CAAAUCUCUCUCUCUCUCCCUCUCUCCUGAAGCUAAUUCUUUAGAGCUAAAAAAACGCCUAAGAUCGAUUUUUUUCUUUCACCACCAACCAAAGCCGUCAUCUUAUGGUGCUUUUACAGAAAUAUAUUGAAACUAUCAUGUGUUAUAACUUAUAUUAGCCAGAACCACUUCAAGAAUCCAUUAUGUAGAAAACUCUCUCUCUCUCUCUCUCUCUCUCUUUCUCUCUCUCUCUCUCUCUGUGUAAAGAAAAUCCACGACUCUCUUAUACCAUGGAAAUUAACAACCACAAUAAGCUCACAAACAGCAGUUGGAAUCUUGAACCGGCUAUAGAAGAACCUAUCCUCCACAACCAAAACUCCUUGAUCAGUUCCUUCUGGCCAAGCUACCCUCCAUUAAUACCUCAAACCCAUCAAAUACCAUCCGCAUCCAACCAUAUUCCUAUUACAAGUACUGUACCUGGAAACCGAAUGGAAGAAGAGGAGCUGGAGCCAGAAGAGGAACUAGGAGCCAUGAAGGAAAUGAUGUACAAGAUCGCCGCGAUGCAGCCUGUGGACAUUGAUCCGGCUACAAUCCGAAAGCCAAAAAGGCGAAACGUUCGGAUUAGCGAUGAUCCGCAAAGCGUGGCUGCGCGUCACAGGCGAGAAAGAAUUAGCGAGAAAAUCCGAAUCCUCCAAAGACUUGUCCCCGGAGGUACAAAGAUGGACACAGCUUCUAUGCUAGACGAAGCCAUUCGCUAUGUCAAGUUCUUGAAGAGACAAAUCCGCUUGUUGCAAUCAACUCAUCCCCCACAAGGCAUUGGAGUUAGUUCGGGCCGGUUACUUUCCGGAGACUGGGCUUCUACAUCCAACAAACUUCAUGGCUCCACCUCCUCCAUAGACCUAAUUCCGACGCCAGGACCUGAAUUUAACUAUUCUGCAGGCAACCAGCAAGGCGAAACCUUUUCCUUCAACAAUAAGGUAAUUAGUGAUUAGUGGCUAAUCAUUAUUGUCUACUAUCGUUGUAGGGGAAGUUUGCAUAUAGAUAGUGUUGAAUGUUGUGUGAAAAGUGAGAGAUAUUUAGAAUAUCAUCAUGUGGAGUAAAAGCUGUUAGGAUAUUGUUGACUAAAAAGGUUGUGGAAUAAUCAUAACGGUUACCUAGAGUUACGUACAACCAUAUAUAUAUAUAAUAUGUAAAAUAAGGCCUAUGGAGUGUGGGAUUUUGGCCGGAAAGUUUAUCUGGCCGUCUCUCUUCCGGGAAUAAAACAGUGACGAUAGAGUACCCUA